GCUGAGGUGGACGGGAUUGACUGCCAAUUUUGUUUCAGCGCAAGAUACUGAACGAGACCAAGUCAAGAAGAAACUCACAAAACAAUGGCAACCGAAGAAGAAAGCGCAGUUAAGGAGCCGUUGGAUCUCAUCAGACUUAGCCUCGACGAGCGUAUUUACGUCAAGCUCCGAUCCGACCGUGAACUCCGGGGCAAACUCCAUGCUUAUGAUCAGCAUUUAAAUAUGAUACUCGGGGAUGUUGAAGAAGUUGUUACCACUGUUGAGAUUGAUGAUGAAACUUAUGAAGAGAUUGUUCGGAGCACAAAGCGCACGGUUCCAUUUCUCUUUGUAAGGGGAGAUGGAGUCAUACUGGUGUCUCCUCCACUAAGGACAGCUUGAUUCUGUAAGAUUUGCCUUUAUUUAUUUAUUUUGAGGAGAACACACCCAUCGCACAUUUAAUGCUUUGCUGCUGCCCUCUGUUUAACCUUUCCAAUCUUAAAAGAUAGCAGCUGAUCACAUGUAUGUCAGAUCAUCCUGUAAUAGACUAUCUUAAAAUUGUAUUAAUUAUCGGAAAAUCUUAAGAUGGAUAACUUUAUAAGUGUUCUAUUACCAGUUCCAGCUUUUGUUUGGCA